AUGCUCAUCGUUGCAGAGACAUUGCCCAAAUGGUUCCGGGGCAUUGGAGUGUUGCCGGUUGCCGACAAAGGAACAGAGUACAUGCCCAUGAACUCAUGGCAUGACGUUUCGGAGCAGGAAACCAGUCGAACGGAGGACUGUCCGGACAUCAUGUCGCGACUUGCAACGGCUGACUGCUCUAGCCUGCGCGGGCUCUGGUUUGGCAACGUCGAGAUGGAUCUGCACGACUUGUAUGCCAUUGUGCACCGACAUUCAUACACGCUGAGAUCAUUGACCCUGUGUAACAUGACCCUCAAUACCCGUAGCCACGACCACGCGGGAAUCCUGGGUCAUCUGGUCCUGCUUGUCCAUUGGCUCCGGCGAGAGUGUGCGCUCCAACAAGUGCAUUUCUAUGGCCACAUCAAGGACCAGCACGGAACGAGCCUGUUAUGCUCAUCGGACACAGUGGGUCACGCAACGCUUGUAUCGCGCGUUGAGGCGUAUAUCUGCGGCAAAGGCGAAUUGUCUGACUUUCCCUUUGUGACCUUUCAGCUUCACCGAGAAUAUCUCGAGCAUGGAGACGUCUUCAGUGUGGGUGGACAGGUUUAUUGUGGCUCCAAGUGGAGAUGGCGCCAGAUUGAGCUCGAAGAGGAUCAUACCUGGUAUGUGAAAGAGUCUGGGUGGUCUGGACUGGGAUAUCUUGUGUUGGCCAUGCUAGCGAUUGAUCUCCUGGUGCGGAUGCAGACGGUCUUACUCUGCUGGGGAGAAGAGCUCCGACCCUGGAAGGGAACAAUCUGGGCGAUCCUGCGCGUUGGCACGAUCAUGGCGCUGGUGAUUCUGACCUUCACCAUGGGAGUUGUCUUGGGAUCGUUUCUAGCAGACACCAAUGGUUGUGGACGAUGGUGA